CUCGUUCUCAAUAAGAUUCAUGUUGACGUAGUCGCGAUUUCUUCGAUAGAUACAGAGACUAGUUUUAUAAAGUAACCAACAUAACGCCUAAUUUUUUACGCUUCAAUUUUUAAUUACAAAAAAAAUAUUAGCUCAAUUUAUUUAAGUAGCUGUUGGUUCAUCAAAUAAUUAUUUCGUAGAAAUGGCUAGUGAACAGCAGAAAGAUGAAAUUAUAGCACUGGAGAGUAUUUACACGAGCGAAGAAUUUUCUUACAAUCUAAACAAUGAUCAGUACCAGUGUUCAUUGAAAAUCUUCAUCAGCUUACCAGAAGGUUUUUAUUUGCUGUACAAAGACGAGCGUAACAAAGAGGAAGUCGAAGAAAAAGUAUCAAUCAGUCAUUUACCGCCACUUAAAUUGUACAUGACAUUACCCAAAGAUUACCCUGAAAAAUCACCACCGGAAUUCACUUUGUACUGCUCCUGGAUGACUCCGUACAAUCUUAUAAAACUCUGCAGGAAACUCGACAAGCUCUGGAUUGAAAACAAACCGCAGGAAAUUAUUUUCACCUGGGGUGAAUUUCUGCAGAACGAAACUCUUGAAUUUUUAAAAAUUAAAAACAACUUAAAUUUAAUUAAACAGUACACGUUUUAUAAGAAAACAAUCGAUCUUGUGCAGGAAAAAAAAACACGAGUCAAAAAAACAAAUCGGUUUGACAACAGAAACUUUCCCAAAGCAAAUGUGAGCAAACGCAGCCGGGAUAGGAAAAAUAAUUUGAGACUUGACAGACGUGGAGUCGUCGACCGCGGUCCUGAGCAGAAUGUAAUCGAGAUGCUGGUGAAUUACAACGAAGAGCGGACCUCCAUCGAGUUUAAAAAAAAUUUUUACACCUGCAAAGUUUGCUUUAUGGACAGAUCUGGGGAGUCUUGCACACAAUUCAAACCCUGUCUUCAUAUAUUUUGCAAGGAUUGCAUCACUGGAUACUUGCAAGUGAGGAUCAAAGAGGGUGCUGUCCAAAACAUAAAUUGUCCUGAGGAAAAGUGCACUUCCGAGGCAUCACCAGCGCAGAUCAAAGAACUCGUCAGUCCGGAAUUGUUUUUGAAGUAUGACUCGACGUUACUGAGCGCUACUUUGGACACCAUGCUUGACAUUGUUUACUGUCCUCGUCGACAUUGUCAGUAUCCUGUCAGUAAAGAGCCCAAUGAAAAAAUGGCGAGCUGCCCUGCUUGCAAUUACGUUUUUUGUAUUUAUUGCAAAAUGGUUUACCAUGGGAUUGAACCUUGCAAAGUGUCUUGUGCGGAGAAGCAAAAACUGGUUUCUGAUUACCAAAAUGCAACAGAAUUAUCUAAGCAACAAUUAGAAAAUCGUUAUGGUAAAAAACAAUUACAAAUGCUUGUUGAAAAUACAAUGUCAGAAAAUUGGAUUAAUUCAAAUAGCCGUAAUUGCCCUCAUUGUAAUACAGCUAUUGAGAAAUCUGACGGAUGUAAUAAGAUGACAUGCGGUCGUUGCAAUACUUAUUUCUGCUGGGUAUGUGGUACUCGAUUAAACCCAAGUAUGCCUUACUUCCAUUAUCAGGAUCCUCAGUCAAAGUGUUACAAAUUACUCUACCAAGGAAUGGUCGUAGACGAUGAAGAUGACGAUGAAAUAGACUUUCCUGCAGUUUAUCUCGACUACGAUUCAGACGAUGACGAUCUUUCUGACGAAGAUUUUGUCAUCGAUUACGAUAUUUAAUUAAC